AUGGAAGGAAGCUGGUUCCACAAAGAGAGAUUCCUCUUAUUCCUUGCUCUCGGUCUUCUACUUCAAGGAAGGGGCAGUACUUUCAUGAUCAACUGCUCAGGGUUCGGCCAGCAUGGAGGGUAUCCCACCGUUCUGGAUUCAGUGUUUGAGCGGAAGGCCUUUCGUCCAGUCACCAACUUCAGCAUCCCCACCCUAGUCAACAUCUCCUUUACUAUGUCUGCCAUCCUAGAUGUGGUCUGGGAUAACCCAUUUAUCAGAUGGAACCCAGAGGAGUGUGAGGGCAUCACGAAGAUAAGUGUGGCAACCAAGAACCUAUGGCUCCCGGACAUUUUCAUCGUUGAGUUCAUGAAUGUGGAUAAGACCCCAAAAGGCCUCACAGCAUAUGUGAGUAAUGAAGGUCGCAUCAGAUAUAAGAAACCCAUGAAGGUCACCAGCAUCUGUAACCUGGACAUCUUCUACUUCCCUUUUGACCAGCAGAACUGCACCCUCACCUUUAGUUCAUUCCUUUACACAGUGGAGAAUAUGUUGCUGGGCAUGGAGAAAGAAGUGUGGGAAAUAGCAGACACAUCCCGGGAUAUCGUUCAAACCCAUGGAGAGUGGGAGCUCCUAGGCAUCAACAAGGCCACCCCAAAGAUGUCCCUGGGCACCAGCCUAUACGAUCAGAUCAUGUUCUACGUGGCCAUCAGGCGCAGGCCCAGACUCUACAUCAUAAACCUUCUGGUGCCCAGUGGCUUUCUGGUUGCCAUCGAUGCCCUCAGCUUCUACCUGCCAGCAGAAAGUGGAAAUCGUGCCCCAUUCAAGAUAACCCUUCUGCUGGGCUACAAUGUCUUCCUGCUCAUGAUGAAUGAGUUACUACCCACCAAUGGCACCCCCCUCAUCAGUGUCUACUUUGCCCUGUGUCUGUCCCUGAUGGUGGUCAGCCUGCUGGAGACCAUUUUCAUCACCUACUUGCUGCACCUGGCUACCAGCCAGCCCCCACCCAUGCCUCAGUGGCUCCAUUCUCUGAUCCUCUACUGCACCAGCCCAACAAAGUGCUGCCCCACUGCACUCCAGAAGAGAAAUAAAGCCAUGGGCCUCCCCGCUGCCCACCUGCCUGGUGUGAAGGAGCCAGUGGAGUUAGUGGGGAAGAUGCCAGGUCCCAGAGAGACAGAGUUAAAUGGGUGUCCUGGGUCAACAAAGGCCCAGCAGGAAGAUGAGACUCAGAAGCAGCACUUGGCCGAUCUGUGGGUGCAGUUCAGCCACAUGAUGGACACCCUGCUCUUCCGCCUCUACCUGCUCUUCAUGACCACCUCCGUGGUCACAGUCAUCGUCCUCUGGAACACCUAG